UAUUCGAGUGAUAACAGAUAAGACGAAUAUUCUAAUUUAUGUUGAAAACGGCUUCAAAGUGACUCGACCCGAUAAAAUCGUGUACAAAAAUAUUGAAAUAUUUUAACGUUUUAAUUUUGUUCUAUGGAUUUGUAAUAUAAUUAAGAUUUAAUAUUGGUUAUCUUUCUAAUAUUAACAAAGACGGACAUGUUUAACUUUUAUAGGCAAAUUUUCGUUCUCGGUAUACUGUCAUUAUUACAUGCAGCUUAUUCAGCGGCUCAACAUCGAUCUUAUUUACGAAUAACUGAACAAGAAUUUGAUGGAUUACCAUUUGAUAUAUUUGUGCAAGGUGUUGUCAGCCUUUUUAUGUCAAUGUAUGGAAUAUUGUACUUAGCAGGAGAGUUCAAAGAAGUGAGAGCAAUUGAAGAACUAGAAUGUAAGACAUGGGAGACAUUACACAAUACACCUUCAUUUUAUAUAUUUAAUCAUAGAGGUAAAGCUCUAUCAUCUAAUAAGUCUUAAAUAAGUCCAGACACUUGAUGACACUUUUUAUAAAAAGUUAACUGAACACGAAACUAUGAAUUAGCAUAAUUGUUUGAUAAAUUAGUGUUGGUGUGAUGUUUGUGUUUGUUUUUAUUUAUAUAUUUGUUUAAUGUACAAAA